AUGUCUUUUAUGUAUGGCUCUACUUACAUUGAUCCUAAAAAUAAGCAACGGAAUUUUCUUCAUGAACUUAGUGAAGUAGUUUAUCAACCUUGGCUAGUAAUAGGUGAUCUAAACUUCCAUUUGGCCAGAAAUAGUAGUAGCUCUGACACUUGGGUUCAAAAUAGGGUUAGGGAUUCUGGUCUUUCUGACCUGGGUUAUGAAGGCAAUGACUAUACUUGGACUAGUAAUAGUUUUGGUACUGGCACCAAAAAAGCUAGACUGGAUAUGGGCCUAAGGAAUAGAGAUUGGUUUCUACAAUUUUCCAAUGCUAAAAUUUGUCAUUUGAACCAUAUUGCUUCAGAUCACUGUCCUAUAAUGUUUAUUACAGAUCCUAUUCCAAGGAAACGUUGGAGAUCUUUUAAGUUUUUUGGUACUUGGAUGGAACAUGGUACUUUUAGAACUCAUAUAGAACAAGCUUGGAACAUAAAUGUUCAGAGUAGUCCUGCACAUAAAUUCAAAAAUAAGCUGUAG